AUGUUCCGAAUCGAAGAUUUGGAGAAUGGUCAUUACAUACUGAAAGACGAAAUUCUUGGCCAGGGGGCAUUUGCAGUAGUAAAAUCAUGUAUAAGUCGUCUGACAGGAGAAGAGUUUGCUGUGAAGAUCAUAAAUAAAGACCAAAAUCGCUUGCGGGUGUUGAAAGAGAUUCAGACAUUUCAUCUGUGUAUGGGACAUCCGAAUAUCGUACAGCUGAUCGAGUAUUUCGAAGACGAUAACUUCUACUUGGUCUUCGAGAAGAUGCGCGGAGGUCCGCUGCUUGACCACAUACAGCGAAGAAUAUGUUUUACAGAAUUGGAAGCUAGUAUGGUGGUGCGCGACGUGGCCCAUGCACUGCAGUUUCUUCACCGUAAAAGUAAUUUUAUGCAUUUUCAUAUUUACGUAGCCACGUGAUU